UUGGUUCUGCUCGGUACCGCCCUCUGUGUGGGAGCAACCAUACAGACCUGGGUCACAAACAUCGACAUUUAUUGUAAUAAUCGCCUGCUGGUGUUCUCAGUGUAGCCGGUUUAAAACAGGUCUGUUUUUACGGCUUUACGCAAUGAGCACCGACGCAUUAUAGCGCUGAAAUCUCAACGCAGUCCGGCGUCACGUUCCUAUCGGACAGAACAGUUGAAACGGAAUUUUAUUUGAUUUUAAGUGUGUGUUGGUGUGCUGGGUGUAAGCCGAAGUAAAGAAGACAUCGUGUCGGUUUGUUAAUUGUCUGAUCUUUCAGGAUUUAUAGAUUCGUACUCUCAUUAAAUAGUAAAGACCUUAUUUAAUGCGAGUUUUGAACCGAAUCUGGCGUGACGUUCCCCCCGCACAGGACUGAACAGGAGCGAGGGAUUUCUUAUUUUAUUCCUUUAAUAUGUGCUGCCCUGCUGUACUGAAUAUCAGCCGAAAUGAAAACCGAUCUUUUUGAUGUAUGGUCGCCUUCGGCUUUAAGCUUUAACAGAUCACUGGGCUAACACGUGAGGAAUUAAGCCUUAAAACGUUCCUUUUUUGAACGGAGUCUGGUUUACGGAUUCAGCUGGUGGUCACCGACAGCGGCUGGCUGCGGAUCUGUUCCCUGCUUCCACAGCAGCGAGCCGGGGUGUAGGCCUAAUUCAACAGAUGAUCGGAGGACGAAUAGAAGAAUAGACCGUGUGGAUUUCUUACGUAGGCUAUAGGCUAUUUCACUCUGAAUCUCUGACAGAUAUGCAUAUGCAGGUGAGCGGAGAUUUAUAAUGCUUUAAACGGAGUUUCGCGUUGGUGUUGGUGCGCUGCUUGAACGCCGAAGUAAAGACGACAUCGUGUUGGUUUGUUAAAUGUCUGAUGUUUCAGGAUUUCACAAUGACUAUCUGACAGAUUGAUGCAGAUGACCGAAAAUCCGUUAUAAUCUGAACGGAGUUUGGCGUGACGGACAGGCAGAGCAGGGGUCUCCGUGGAAACGGUUAGUGACGCCCCCUCCCUUCAGGGAUGCUUGGUACUGACGUUUAAACAGAUGUUCUCCAGCAGCAGAAUGACGCUCAACCAGAUGUUCGGACCGCUGGACGAACUGCACGAGCUUGCCUUCAUCGAGAGGCCGAUCCGCAGGAGCCUCAAGACGGCGGAGGAGAUCGAUCAGCUGACUGUUGAUGAAGACCUGAACGACAUCGAGAGAGCCGUCUACCUGCUCAGCGUGGGUCAGGAGGUGCAGAGAGCGAGCGUCAUCAGUAACCUGCCGAGCCUCGUCCGCCAGAAUCCAGCUGAGACCUUCCGCCGGGUCGUCCCAAAGGUCCGGGAGGUCCUGAACGGAGCCGGAGCAGACAUCCAGCUGGCGGCGGCCGCAUCGUUCCUCACCAUCCUGCAGGAUGACAUCAUCCUGAUCCACACCCACACCUUCUCCAUCCUGAAGACCGUCCUGCUGCACCUGAACCACCGAGACACAGUGGUGAGCAGUGCCUGGUUGGAGACUCUGCUGUGGGCCAUCAGCGCCCUGCCCAAAGAGACCAUCAAACAGGAGGUGCUGAACCCUCUCAUCUACCAGUCCCAGCUGUCUCACUCUCUUCAGGCUCGUCUGGCCAGCUGUCGGAUUUUGGGGAAAGUCGCUUGCAAGUUCGACUCCCACAUAGUGAAGAAGGAGCUGCUGCCGUUGGCUCGGUCUUUAUGUCAGGACGAGGACUUGGAGGUCCGAGCCUGUAUGGGCCGUCAGCUGGAGAGCAUCGCCAGAGCCAGCGGGGUGGAUGACACCCGGACGGAGCUGCUUCCUGAACUGGUGGAGCUGGCCGGAGACGAGGAGAGCAGCGUCCGGCUCGCCGCCUUCGACACCGUCAUCAACCUGCUGGAGAUGAUGGACAGCGAUGACAAACUCCACAUCGUGGUUCCCAUGGUGAUGGCGGCGUGCGAGGUGUCGUCGCAGGCGGACGAAGCCGUUGUGGCGUCUCUGUCGUUCCAGUUUGGGAAGCUGUGCAGCGGACUGGCAGGCUCCUUGUCCGAGGAGCAGAAGGCCCGGUUGCUGCAGAGGUUUAAGGUUCUGUGUGUCACCGGUCUGCAGACAGAAGGAAACCAGACUGACGGCAACGAGCCAACGCUGAUCCACAACGAGGCGAUCCUGAUCCACAACGAGGCGAUCCUGAUCCGCUGCAACUGCUGCUACAACCUGCCGGCCAUGGUGAUGUUUGCAGACUCAGCUCACUUCCUGUCCGAGCUCUACCCAUCUUUCUCUAGUCUUUGCUGUGACCCGGAGGUCAGCGUUCGCCGGAGUGCUGCAGCUGGUUUCCACCAGGUGGUGAAGCUGCUGGGACCAAAUGCCCAGCUGGUCCACAAAGAGCUGCUGUCUCUUCUGCAGGAUGAUGCUCUGGAGGUGUUGGACGCUCUGAUGAAUCACCUGGAAGAGACUCUGGAGGCAGUUCUGUCCAGAGGAGAGAACCUGGCGCUGGACAACAAGUUCCCGGAGCUGCUGGCGGCGCUGCUGUUAGCCGAGCAGACAGUGGGAGUGUCUCUGCGCUGGCGGCUGCAUGAGAAGCUGCUGCAGCGCUACAGCUGUCUGAGCCGACUGCUGCCGGGAGAAACUCUGCACCAGAACUUCUCCCCCCGGAUCUUCACCAUCCUCACUACCAACAAGGUGCUGCCGGUCCAGAAGGAGGCGGCUCGGACGUUCUGCACAUUCCUGCGUUACAACCGCAAACAGGAGCAGCGCCAGGAGAUGAUGGAGCGGCUGAUCCAAGAUCUGGCUCAGGGGCGGAGCUACUGGAACCGGCUCAGGUUCCUUGACGUCUGUGAAACAGCCACUGACAUUUUCUCCAGAAAAUACUUCAACAAACACUUCCUGAUCCCAGCGCUGGAGCUGGUCCACGAUCCUGUUGCCAACGUCAGGUACAAGCUGUGCCAGUUGUUGCCCAGACUGCGAUCGUCGCUCCGCUUGCCGGCCGACAAACAGCUGCUGCAGAAACUCGACUUCUGCGUCCAGAAACUCCUCUGCAGAGAGAAAGACAAAGACGUGGUGGCUGCCAUCCGCAAGUGUUCCUCCACUGGGUGUUUUGUGUCUUGGCAGUUUCACAAGAGGCAGGAGAGAGAUUUACUGGACCAGAAGAAGGAGAAGGAGGAGACUCUGCUGCUGGAGAUGGAACAGCUGGAGCGCCAGCAGAGUGAAGGGAAAGUCAACUCUGAAAAACACACCGAGAGAAAACGAAGAGACAGUAAAACCAGUCUAUCUGCAACCAAAUCCAUGUCUGUGUCCUCGGCCGGAGCCACCUUGUCCUCCGGUAGAGAGAUGAGGAAGGCUAAACUGUCCCGGAGUCGAUCUCUCAGCAGUCAGCCGACGACAUCCAAAGCUGCCAACUCAGACAGACCUCUGAAAGUGAAAGAGCUGAGCAGUAUGUCUGGACCUGGGAAGUCCUCCAUGCUAUCAAGCAAAGAUGACUCCUUAAGGACCGCCCACUUCUCUCUGGUGACCCAGUCCCCCUCCUCCAUGCCGGUUCUGAUCCGUAGCAACACCACCAGCCUCCUGGACAGAACCAGUAGCCUGGAUCAGAGAGAUCAUAGAACCAGUAACAUGGACCACAGGAACAACCUGAUGGAGCAGAGAACAGGUAGCAUGGACCAUAGACCCAGCACCAUUGACCAGAGAGACCACAGGCCCAGUUCUUUGGACCAGAGAGACCACAGAACCAGUACGUUGGACCAGAGAGACCACAGGCCCAGUUCUUUGGACCAGAGAGACCCCAGAACCAGUACGUUGGACCAGAGAGACCACAGGCCCAGUUCUUUGGACCAGAGAGACCCCAGAACAAGUACGUUGGACCAGAGAGACCACAGGCCCAGUUCUUUGGACCAGAGAGACCCCAGGACAAGUACGUUGGACCAGAGAGACCACAGGCCGAGUACUUUGGACCAGCGCAGUAAAACGAUGGAGCGAGGCUGCACGGUGAAGGACGGCCAGUCCAGAAAGCUGUCGAUAAACAGGAAGUCAAACUCGUUCAGCGUCCAGUCGGGGCGAGACUGAAGACGAUGAUGUCAUCAUACCUCCGCCCGGCGAUCAGCCAAUCAGCAUUCAGGGAUCACGAGUCAAUGGACUUCAGAACAUUACCCAGAAUGCAACAGGACAUCAUCUCUUCCUUCAGACGGACGAGUCUGACUUCUCUUUUGCUUUCUGAGCGCUGUGUAAUCACAUGAUCUCAUGUCACCUGAUUGGUUCAGUAAACUCCACACAAACAAAC